AUGGCAGUGCAUACUACAGGGGUGAGUUCGUGGGACCAGAGAGGAGCUUAUGAAGUGGCCAGAGUCUCCCUUCUGAGCAAGGACCCUGGGAUCCCAGGACAGAACAUCCCAGCCAAGGAUCAUCCAGAUGUGCUGACUGUGCAACUGCAGCUGGAGAGCCGAGAACUGAUCCUCAGCCUGGAAAGGAAUGAGGGACUCAUUGCCAAUGGCUUCACAGAGACCCAUUAUCUGCAAGAUGGUACUGAUGUCUCCCUCACUCGAAAUUACACGGAUCAUUGUUACUACCAUGGACAUGUACAAGGGGAUGCUGCAUCAGUGGUCAGCCUCAGUACUUGCUCUGGUCUCAGGGGACUAAUCGUGUUUGAAAAUAAAACCUACAUCUUAGAACCGGUGAAAAACACCACUGACAAAUACAAACUCGUCCCAGCUGAGAACAUGAAGAACAUCCAAGGGCUGUGUGGGUCACAUCAUAACAAGUCCCACCUCACCAUGGAAGAUGUCUCCCCCGAAUCCUCUCAAAUGUGGGCAAGAAGGCAUAAGAGAGAGACCCUUAAGACGACCAAGUAUGUAGAGCUGGUUAUUGUGGCAGACAACAGAGAGUUUCAGAGGCAAGGAAAAGAUCUGGAGAAAGUUAAGCAGCGAUUAAUAGAGAUUGCCAAUCACGUCGACAAGUUUUACAGACCACUAAACAUCCGGAUCGUGCUGGUGGGAGUGGAAGUGUGGAAUGACAUCGACAAAUGCUCUAUAAGCCAGGACCCAUUCACCAGUCUGCAUGAGUUUCUAGACUGGAGAAAAAUAAAGCUUCUACCUCGAAAAUCCCACGACAACGCUCAGCUUAUCAGUGGGGUUUAUUUCCAAGGAACCACCAUCGGCAUGGCACCCAUCAUGAGCAUGUGCACUGCAGAACAGUCUGGAGGAGUUGUCAUGGACCAUUCAGACAGCCCCCUUGGUGCUGCAGUGACCUUGGCACAUGAGCUGGGCCACAACUUCGGAAUGAACCAUGACACACUGGAAAGGGGCUGCAGCUGCAGAAUGGCUGCGGAGAAAGGAGGCUGCAUCAUGAACCCUUCCACAGGGUUCCCAUUCCCCAUGGUGUUCAGCAGCUGUAGCAGGAAGGACCUGGAGGCUAGCCUGGAGAAGGGGAUGGGGAUGUGCCUCUUCAACCUACCAGAGGUCAAGCAGGCCUUUGGGGGCCGGAAGUGUGGAAAUGGCUAUGUGGAAGAGGGAGAAGAGUGUGACUGCGGAGAACCAGAGGAAUGUACCAAUCGCUGCUGUAAUGCUACCACCUGUACUCUGAAGCCAGAUGCUGUGUGUGCGCACGGGCAGUGCUGUGAAGACUGUCAGCUGAAGCCUCCAGGAACUGCAUGCAGGGGCUCCAGCAACUCCUGUGACCUCCCAGAAUUCUGCACAGGAACUGCCCCUCACUGCCCAGCCAAUGUGUACCUACAUGAUGGGCACCCGUGUCAGGGAGUGGAUGGUUACUGCUACAACGGCAUCUGCCAGACCCAUGAGCAGCAGUGCGUCACGCUCUGGGGACCAGGUGCUAAACCGGCUCCUGGCAUCUGCUUUGAGAGAGUCAACUCUGCAGGAGAUCCUUAUGGCAACUGUGGCAAAGACUCUAAGAGCGCCUUCGUCAAAUGUGAACUGAGAGAUGCCAAAUGUGGAAAAAUCCAGUGUCAAGGUGGUGCCAGCCGACCUGUCAUUGGUACCAAUGCUGUUUCCAUAGAAACAAAUAUCCCACAGCAGGAAGGAGGUCGGAUUCUGUGCCGGGGAACGCAUGUGUACUUGGGUGAUGACAUGCCAGACCCAGGGCUUGUGCUUGCAGGAACAAAGUGUGCAGAAGGAAAAAUCUGCCUCAAUCGUCGAUGUCAGAAUAUCAGUGUCUUUGGUGUUCACAAGUGUGCAAUGCAGUGCCAUGGCCGAGGGGUAUGUAACAACAGGAAGAAUUGCCACUGUGAAGCCCACUGGGCUCCUCCGUUCUGUGAUAAGUUUGGCUUUGGAGGAAGCACAGACAGUGGUCCCAUUCGACAGCCAGAUAACCAGGGCUUGACUGUAGGAAUCCUGGUGAGUGUCCUGUGUCUGCUUGCCGCUGGAUUUGUGGUAUAUCUCAAAAGGAAGACAUUGAUGCGGCUGCUGUUCACGCAUAAGAAAACCACCAUGGAAAAGCUAAGGUGUGUGCACCCUUCCCGGACACCCAGUGGCCCUCACCUUGGCCAAGCUCAUCACACUCUCGGAAAAGGCCUGCUGAUGAGCCGGUCACCACAUUGCAACACCCCCAAGGACAGGCACUCACUGAAAUGCCAGAACAUUGACAUCAGCAGGCCCCUCAGCGCUCGAGCCGUCCCUCAGCCUCAGUCACCUCAGCGAGUGUUCCUGCCUCUCCACCAGGCACCACGUGCACCCAGUGGCCCUGCCAGGCCCCUGCCCGCCAAUCCUGCAGUCAGGCAGGCCCAGGGCACCCGCAAGCCCAGCCCUCCUCAGAAGCCUCUGCCUGCUGAUCCAUUGAGCAGGACUUCUCGGCUCACCAGUGCCUUGGUGAGGACCCCAGGGCAGCAGGAACCUGGGCACCGCCCAGCCCCCAUCAGACCUGCCCCUAAGCAUCAAGUACCUAGACCCUCCCACAAUGCCUACAUCAAGUGAGAAGCCAGCCCAGACCGGUCCUCAACAAUGAAGACAGAAGUUUGCACUAUCUUCGACUCCAUUGGAGUUGUUGUUGUACCAACUUUCAGAAUUUCUAAAGUGUUUAAAACACCAUUAUUUCCAGAACUUGGAGCUACUGCCAUCGGUGCUGUGCUGUGGUGCUUUGUGUACUUGCUCAGGUACUUGUAAGUUAUUAAUUUAUGCAGA